GCUGAGCACGCCCGUCUUAGACCUGCUGCAGUGGCUGCGGCUCGGGUCGGCGUCGCACUGCACGAUGCUCAUCGGCCGCAAGGUGACCGGCGACAUGCACGUGCCGAUGGGCGCGGCGACCUUUGUGGCUCUCCUCGAGCCGCCGCCGCCCGCAGUGCUCGGUGUCCGGCUCAACGCUCCGCCGACGCCGCCCGUGCCGACGGUGGCGAUGACGCGCGGCGGCGAGGAGCGCGUGGUGCGCGGGUGGCUCGGGUUUGGCACGCUGGCCUUUCCCGGGUUUGGCAACCCGCAGUGGGACCCGGGCUGGCUCGUGCAGCUCGAGGACGAUGCCGACGGCCGCCGCUUCGCCUUCGUGUGGGGCUCGCGCCAGGGCGACAGCGCCAACAUGCUCACGCAGGUCGUCGCGCAGAGCACGGCCGUCUUCGUGGGCGAGGAUGACCGCAUGCGCCCGUACUGGCCGCCGGCCACGCCGCAGACGCCGGAGUGAGUGUGGGUUUGGUUCAGCUUCACAGGUUGGGUUGGUUCGUCGUUUGGUUUAGGUAUAGCCUGGACAUGCC